CGUAGACGGCACGCGUAAUGAACCUGUUUGGGAGCAGAGCAACAGUCGGACGAGCGGCGAGCAUUAGCGACAAAGACUGAAAGAAAGAAAAGCCGUCGGACCCGCUGGCACCUUGACCAGAAUUUCUAAUAAAUUUCUAGCUAGGGGUAACAACAACAUGUCAAAACAUCAGCGAGUGCAGAUCAAUGACUGACAUAACCAGCCAUCCGAUUAGAGUGCCCAUGCAGCCCUAUGCCGGUAAGCGGCUCAUCAUUGAGAAUCUCAUUGUGCCCGACAGCAGCGAUGAUCUCAAGGUAGAACCAAAGUCGGGCGAAAAGCCAGUUUCAGCACCCAAAUUCAUGGACAUGCCGCGUCCGACAUUCUUAGAAAAGAAAUGGAUUGAAAGAACGCUGUUUACGUAUUGCUCCUUGAACGGUUUGUCAACAGUGGUCAAUGAGGAGCUUGUGGAGGGUCUAUUGGCUGCCGCGGAAACCUUUUUGAAGGACAUGAUGCAGACAGUCAUUGAGUUCAGUGAGCAUCGCUCUGGCAACAGUCUCUACGACGAUCCUCGCUGCGAGCUGCAUCAUGAUUUGCGCACGACAAUGAGGUUCCUGGAUGAUCGUGAGGUGGCUGAUUAUGGAUGCUCUGAUGACGAUACAGCCUACGGACAUCGUCGGCGUUGGAUGAAAUUGCAGCGCAAUCGCAAUCCCACAAAUUCGUUUGAGAGCGAAAUACGUUUGGAGUCAACUAAUAAGACUGCGCUCUUGGCUUUGGGAGUCCGGAAGCCACAGAGCGCCACGGCUACCGUUGGUUUACCAAAUACUGCUCCAGGCCUGCCCGCAGCUGGAGCUGGAACAGCUGCACAACUGCCGAAGCGUCAGUUUUUUGUACGCAUCAAGCAUAUGAAAGUCAGGGAUAUAAUUCAAUAUAUGGAGAACGAGAAGCGGUUCAACAAAUCCAAACUGCUCUACGAUGCCUAUUUGAGUUACAAGUUUUAGAGACUUCUCAUUGGUUGCUCUGCAAACACGCGCGCGUUACGAUUUCAAUUGCAAUUGCCAUGUUCAGACAGUUCGAUGAACUUCCUUUCGAAUAAAUCUGAACAAAAGCCCAA